AUGGAUACGAUGUUGAUGCUUCCUCAGGCUGAUAGGGAGCAAUGUGCUGCUUUUAUCCGAGACGAACGCGUCCUCAUCGUCUGGUCUGAAUCCAUCGACCGCAUUGUACCACUUUGCCAAGACUUUGAAGAACGCCUCAUUAAACUCCUCUGGCGCUCCCGGCCCAUGCUUUCAGGCAGUGCUCCUUCGACUCAAACGCACAUCUCGAUUGGGAGUGGGGUUGGCAGUUUGGCGAGUGGAGGUGGUAUGACCCCGUUGAUUGGCGCUGUGCCUAUUAGUCCGAGUGCGCUGAGUGGGGUUGGGGCAGCAGACGCUGCUGCUGCGAACGAGUGGGGGUUGAAUAGACCCCGCAAUAGCAGUUUGUCUAAUAUUGCUGCUGCUGGUGGUGUGGAUGGGACUACGGGGAGUCGUGCGGGGAGUUUAUUCCGUGUUCAUGGUGGCGUUGUGAAAGGCAUCUUCGGUGAACUCGGACGUGAUCCUGAGGAGUACGAUUCGGUGCCGCUCGAAAAGGAGAAAGCGCUUACGGGUACCUCGCCUGGUGUGGAGGUGAAGGAGAAAGAGGUGGGAAGGAGGUUACCGCGAAUUCCGCGCAAGGAGACGACGAAGAAGGUGCAGAAGAGGACGUGGUACGGCCGGAAGUAUACGGUUGAAGUCCCGCUUUCGGAGAAGGAGAUGUACGAGUUGUCGCCGCAGGUUUCGGAUUCGGCGUCGCUUGCUGAGCAGGGCUCGCUGCACUCGCGUUCGACGGAUACUUCGCCUACCAUCGGUCCUGAUGGUGCGUACAUCCACCCGCCGACCAAGGGCGAUAAGAAGGCGAGAUGGGGUAUUGGAGGGCGGAGUCGGCCUGUCAAGUUGUACUCCCCAAUAUACAAUGGAAUCGCUGCUGGGAUGGCGUUGGUGUUUGUGGGAAAUGGGAUUAGGACCUUGCUGAUGGAGUGGAGGCUUGAUGGAGACUAUUCGAGGUUUGCGUUGGUGUUCUUCGCGACGCAGAUUGUGCAGAACCUCGCCAUGGCUGUAGGACCUAUCGCUCAUUUCCAUGAGAACUCGAAGUAUUACAGUGCGGUUAAGCCCAAGCCUAACAAGGAGGUGGAUAAUUGUUUGCCGCAUGUGACCAUUCAGAUGCCGGUUUACAAGGAGAGCUUGGAUAGCGUUCUGGCACCUUCGAUCCAGUCAUUGAAAAAGGCCAUGCAGACGUAUGCUAGGCAAGGUGGGACGUCGAAUAUUUUCAUCAAUGACGAUGGUCUUCGGCUUCUCUCUCCUGGUGAUCGGGAUGCUCGUCUGGCUUUCUAUGCGAACCAUAACAUCGGUUGGGUCGCGCGUCCUAAACACGACGAUGGGCCGGACGGGUUCAAGCGUGCUGGACGGUUCAAGAAGGCUUCGAACAUGAAUUACGGUCUCGCGCUCUCUCUGAAGAUGGAAAAACACCUCGAAGCGCUCGUUGCUCAACGUGCGCAAGCUAAUAGUCGGGACUCGACAAUGAUGACGCGUACUAGUGAUAUUCACGGAAGUUCGAAUGGGGAGGGGACUACGCAGUUUGGAGCGCAGUACCAGGGUCGGGAUGGGGAUGAGAGUGUGCGAUGGGGUGUGGCGUUUGGGAAUAAUCCCCCUGCUGGUGGCACUCCGCCUGUUUCUCCAAUCUCCCCGUUCAAUGGGAAUGGGAAUGGACGGUCUACACCUAAUGGACGGAGUGGGACGCCGAGACUUGGUGGUGGUGGAAAUGGCACUGGGACCCCUGUUUCGAAUGGUGGGAACCCGUUGGCGACUUGGGGCCAUGAUGAUUUGGAGGAGAAGGCGCUUGCGCUGGCUAUUGAGGAGAUGUGGGAGGAGAGUGGGAGGAGGUGGAGGCCUUGGGCUGCGAAUGGGAAGAAUACGAGGAUUGGUGAGAUCGUGUUAAUUGUGGAUAGUGAUACCGUUGUACCGGAGGAUUGCCUUCGGGAUGCUGCGAGGGAGAUGAGGGAGAGUCCCACUGUUGCUAUUAUUCAGCAUGAGAGUGAUGUCCUUCAAGUCGCGCACCACUACUUUGAGAAUGGUAUUGCCUACUUCACGAGGAGGAUUAACAAGUGCAUCUCGAUCUCUUGUGCCAACGGAGAAGUCGCACCGUUCAUGGGACAUAAUGCCUUCUUGAGGUGGAAAGCUAUCCAAGACGCCGCUUUUGUCGACCCAGCCGAUGGUCAGGUGAAGAUCUGGUCCGAGGCGAAUGUGUCGGAGGAUUUCGAUAUGGCGUUGAGGUUGAUGUUGAAAGGGUAUAUCAUUCGAUGGGCCACAUACUCGGAUGGAGGGUUCAAAGAAGGUGUUUCACUCAGUGUGGAUGAUGAAUUGAACAGAUGGCAGAAAUACGCGUAUGGGUGUAACGAGUUGUUGUUCAACCCUAUCAUCGAGUGGUGGCGCAAGGGACCUGUUUCCCGCCAGAUUCACAAGUUCUUGUGGAGUAGCACGCCAUUGCAUUACAAGAUCUCGAUGCUGGCUUAUGGCAUUGCGGGCGCGAUCACGAUUUCGCUGAUCAAUUACGUCCUACUUGGCUUCCAAUUCCCUGUCGAUGGCUUCUUCAUGCAUAGCUUCGAGAUUUGGCUGGCCACCACGGUUGUGUUCUGGGGGAGUGGAACGGUUGGAUAUACGCUUUUGGAGUAUAGGCUUGGGAGAAAGUCCUUGGCUCUAGUUCCUCGGAGGGAGGAGUUGUUGUAUGCCCGUGGAUCCGGUCAAUAUCGGUACGAGAAGAUGACGGAGAUGAGGCUAUGGGGUGUGGAUAGACGUGUGGGUGGCGUUUGGGAAGGUCGAGAGUCGCUGACUGCCAACAACGGUCGCGUCUUGUCACUCUGUGGCAGUCUGGGCCUCUACGGGCUAUCGACGACCGUGUUAGGCUUCUUCUUCUUCGGUGGAUUGGCUAUCCCUCUCACGCAGGCCAUUCUCGCGCACUUAUUCUCGUACAACAUGCAAUGGGCAGCGACAAAGAAAGAAGUCGAACGAUCCAAUUUCUUCAAGGAAAUUCCAAAGAUCGCCAAGCGGUUCUGGUUCUCACUCCUGUUCUCGUUCAUCAUCCUCGUUGCUAUUGUUAUCCUGGCGACGCCCAUUGUCCCCUUAGAGUGGAGGAUUACCGGCGAAGGAUGGGCGGUGAUCCUUCCUCUUGCGAUGACUGCCGGUUGUCAUAUCUUGUUCCCGAUCGUGCUCAACCCGUGGUUGAUGGUCUUCUCAUACUAG